AUGCUUCGAGAGCAGGCGUUGGUGGAAGAUUCUCAAGAGAACAAUCCCGGCUCUUCCUCAAAGCCCAAAAACGGUCGAACGAUGACGGAGGCUGAGAGAAAGUUUCAGGAAGUCAGGUUGAAGAGGAUGAGGGAACGAGUGGCCAAAGAGGCUAAGAAGAGUCACAAGGAGAAGGUCGACGAUUUCAACAAGUACCUUGAAGGUGAGUUGGAGCGAGCUGCGGUGGACAAGAAUGGUGGUGAGCGCUCGAUUCGAGGUAGCUUAGACAGGGAUUUGUGAGAGGAGCAAUGAUCGCAUACAGUCGGCUAUGCUCUCGAGUUUGGGCCAUAGCAACACGCGAGCUCGUGCCGCGUCUCGCAAAGCAUCUCAUCGAGCAAUCGCAUCUUCGAGCACUCAAGGCUGACACGUAGAGCCUAUACUCCAUCUCUAAUCGGCCUUGCGCGCAUCGUCAUAGCUCAAACCGACCACUUCGAUCUGCCGAGGGUGAGCAUCUCCGCGGAUGCGCGACACCCUAUUUGGGUGGUACUGCCUCACCGGGACGAUCCUUUCAGGCUUCCUACGCUGACACGAGAUUCUCUCUUGACCUCUUUCUUGCUCAGAUCGGACCUGGCUGA